ACAGGUCGAACUUAAAUAAGAAGGCCCUAAGCCCGUGGUCCAGGACCACUCUCCUGGGACUCCGGCUUCUCUUGACUUCAGCCUAACCGCCAUCUACACUUCAUCAUGGGUGACGCUCCCCCCGCAGAGGCCGCUCCCGCUGAGGCCGCCCCCGCUGAAGCCCCCGCUGCCCCCGCUGGCUUCUCCGCUGACCAGAUUGAGGACUUCAAGGAGGCCUUCGGUCUUUUCGACAAAGUUGGUGACAACCAGGUGGCCUACAACCAGGUUGCUGACAUCAUGCGCGCCCUGAACCAGAACCCCACCAACGGAGAGGUGAAGAAGCUGCUCGGUGACCCCAGCGCAGAUGACAUGGCCAACAAGAGGAUGAACUUCGACGCUUUCCUGCCCCUGCUCGCCAAACAGGACGCUGUCGUGAAGGGUACCUAUGACGACUACGUUGAGGGUCUCCGCGUCUUCGACAAGGAGGGCAACGGCACCGUCUUGGGCGCUGAGCUGCGUAUUGUGUUGGGCACAAUGGGUGAGAAGAUGAAGGAGGACGAGAUUGACGCCCUUAUGCAGGGUCAGGAGGACGACAAUGGCGCUAUAAACUACGAGGCUUUCGUCAAACACAUCAUGUCUGUGUAAGAGGCCCCCAUGGGAGUGGUGAAGAAGAUGAAGUCGACCUGCAGGCCCUCAGGGUGCCAGGACAUCCAACUCUUUUAAGACCAACCAAUAAAAGGGAAUAACAAAAAAAGGACUAUGGGAUGUCGCCGGUGAAUAACAACACACAUUUCCUUUUUUUUUCAUCCAUAUCCACUUUUCCUGUCCAUAUAUUUUUCUUUUUUUUUUCCUCCACUCAUCUUCUCUCUGGACGUUACCUCCUUCUAUCUCUUCCUUUUCUUCUCUCUACUGCCCCUCACACCACCACGCCUUUUCCGUUCCACUCCUCCUUCCGUCCCUAUCCAACCCAGGGGUGACGGUCCCUGGUCUUGGCGGGAAACGGGGGAGGGAGGGUGGGCCACUCAUGAAGUGGGGGUCUCCCCCUGCCUUGCCCCGACCCGGCCCCCGGUCACGGCACCACCGGCCAGCUGUGCCAAAGGCACCUGGCACACCUGCGGACCAGUCGCCAACACUCCCCCCCCCUCCCCCCUCCCUUCCUUCCUACCUUCCGUGAUCUUCCCUUGUUCCAUUCCCCUCUACCUCCCUCACCUCCCUCUCCUCACACAGAAAACUCGUCUUUUAUUUUCACUCAGAAUAAAACCUUUUCCAAAAGUGCCUGUCCUUGUUCAAUUCUUGGUCUUUCACGGCAGAUUACUUUUUAACUUUGCACUGAAACUAUGAAAUAAAUAUUUAUUUUAUUCAUACA